UAAACAGACAGAGAGAGAAAGAGAGACUCUCUCUACUCUCCUCUCCACUAUUCUCUUCUCUCUCUCACUCACACAGUCUCAUUCUCUCAUUACACACUUGUUCUCAGACAUGGGACCAUACCAUUGUCCUUAACUUCAAAUUUGAGCCUUUUUUUCCUGCACGACAGGAUCCGACUCUGCCGCUUAUUCACACUCUCUCCCUCACUUAUUUUUUCUCAUCUGCUUCUUUUCUAUCCCAUCUUAAUACCCUAGCUUUCUCUUCUCUUUCUCAUAUAUACAUAUGAAAAAUGGAAGACCACCAUAACAACCAUACUCCUCACCACCACCCCCAACACCAUCACCACCAUCAUCCACAACAAUACACCACCAUGUCAACUGAUCUACGACAACUAGUUAACGGAACAAGGUCAACCCAUUUCAGUCCAAUACCAACAGCAGCAGAUGAGUUUUUCACCGGUCACCGGAAUCUGACUGCGUUGUUAACCACAUCACAUCCAAACGACCAACAGCAACAACAACAACAACAGUUCGAGAUGAUGAUGUUGGGUCGUGGUGUUAAUGUUCUUGAAGACUUCAAUAACAUAACCACUCAUCAUGUUCAACCUCCUCCAACAGCAACAACCACCACCACCACCACCGCCAGUGUCUCAACUCCUGAAACCACCGGUUGUAUCGGCGGAGACGCGUCAACCGGAAGAUGGCCCAGACAAGAAACUCUCACUCUUCUUGAGAUCAGAUCUCGUCUUGACCCUAAAUUCAAAGAAGCUAAUCAAAAGGGUCCCUUAUGGGAUGAAGUUUCUAGGAUAAUGUGUGAAGAACAUGGAUAUCAAAGGAAUGGAAAAAAGUGCAGGGAGAAAUUUGAGAAUCUAUACAAGUAUUACAAGAAGACAAAAGAAGGUAAAGCAGGAAGGCAUGAUGGUAAGAAUUACAGAUUCUUUCGUCAACUUGAAGCUUUGUAUGGUGAAAACAGUAACCAAACUUCUCAACCAGAAACCAAUUUUGUCAACAACUUCAAUUUUCAAAACCCUUCAAAAACAACUACAAACCAAGAGGGUUUUCAUAAUAAUGAUCAUAGCUUAAGUCUCACUACUAACUCGACUGACUUUGAGAUCGAUACUUCGUCGUCGGAUGACGAGAAGGGAAAGAGGAAGAGUAGUGGAAGGAGGAGUUGGAAGGUGAAGAUAAAGGAGUUCAUUGACUCACAAAUGAAGAAGCUUGUGGAUAAGCAAGAGGAGUGGUUGAGUAAACUUGUGAAGACACUUGAGGAUAAGGAAAAGGAGAGGGUUUUGAGAGAGGAGGAGUGGAGGACGCAAGAAGCGAAAAGGGUGGAAAAGGAACAAAGGUUUUGGAGUAAAGAGAGAGCUUGGAUUGAAGCUAGGGAUGCUGCUUUAAUGGAGGCUUUGAAGAAUAUAGGUGGAAGAGAAAUGAAGGUUGAGCUUGAAGGUCAUAAUCAUAAGGGUGUAAAUGUAAUAACUGAGGGUGAGAUUCAUCAAAGCAACAUUGAAAACCAAAAUGAAGAUGGGAGUGAAAUAUUGAAUAGUACUGUGAGAGGUACUACUGAUAAUAACUAUCAAAGGGAUUCUUUAUCUUUACAAGAAGGAAACAAGAAGAGAAAGGAGAAUUUUUACUUCAACAAUAAUGAGCAAUGUUCUAUGUACAAUCAAGGUAGUGGUUAUUGUGAUGUUAAUCAUCAAAGAGAAGAGAUUGUGAAGCUACAAAGAAAUGUUGAUCACGGUUCUUCGCCUUCUGAUUCUAACGUUGGUAAUGUUGCUAAUGGUGAUGCUUGCUUUCCGUUCUUGAUUAACGAGGGUGGAAGUUUGUGGGAGAAUUUCGGGUUGAAGAUCAAUAAAUCAAACCAAAACAACUGAGCGCAUGUGCAGACUGAGACUGACAGUGAGUUUGACAGAAUCACGAUAUCAGGUAUCAGUUACGUGAUUUUGACAAAAGCUUAACUUCGGAGCUUGACAGAAUCACAGUGUCAUUGUAAUUUUGCUAUGUUUGUUUGGUUGAUUAGUUAGAAAAGGCAUAGAAGUUUUGACAUUAUGUAUACAAUAUGCAUAAUGCUAACUGAUCAAGGUUUAUGUAUAGAGAUUGAUGAUUACUAGGUGAUCAAUCUUGAUAUGUUUAUGAGGAAUAUUCUAGGAGAAAAAUAAUGUGUUCAUGAUGUUUAGAGGAUGUUUAGAGAUGGAGAAGAAGUGGAAAAAUUCACUUGAUUAUUGGAAUAUGUUGUUGACACCAAAUGAGGUGAGUUUGUAUACUUUUAUUAUGCAUGAAGAUGGAAUUGAAAAUUGUAUAAUUAUUUAUUAUUAUUUUUAUUAUUAUGACUUGGUAUGUUGUCUCUUCAAUUAUGUUUACAUCAGUUGGUUACUGUUUUUCUCCUUUCUCUUCAUGUUUCUUUUGUGUGCUGUUUGGGUUAAACAUGUACAGUGCAUGCAGGUUAUUGGUUUCUGUGUACAUGUAUUGAUGGUAUAAGGAAGCAAACUAUUUUCCUUUUUUUAUUAGACUAAAUUAAUGAGCAU